AUGAGUGAGACGAAGGCAACUUUCAGAAACCAAAAGGCGUCCAUUCGAAACUUAGAGAGUGGAACAAUCUUGGAAGAGGUGGAACAAAGAGGGAAAGAAGAGAGCCCACCAAAAGACAAGGAAGAUUCUGAUGAAGAAGUUGACAAAGAGAUCAUUAUUGAAGAGAAGCCAACAAGUCCCAAGGAAGAAGAACCAAAAAGAGAAGAGAGGCCAAGGAAACUAGGGAUUGGUGAAGUGAAGCCUACAACCAUAUCCGUGCAGUUUGCAGAUAAAUCUAUCAAGCAUCCAAUGGGCAUUAUUGAAGAUGUACUGGUGAAGGUGGAUAAAUUCAUUUUUUCGGCAGACUUUUUUGUGUUGGAUAUGGAAGAAGACAAAGAGAUUCCUCUCGUCUUGGGACGACAAUUUCUUGCUUGUUAG